GUCUUCACUUCUAUACUAUAAUACAUAGAUAGAUUAGAUCAAGAUGCACUAAAACACAAAAACACAACCAAUAUUCUCAUCUAGCCAUAUGAAACCUGUUUUAUCACUCAUCUUUUCCAUCUUCCUCUUUGUUUUAAUCGCUAUUGUUUCACUAUCUUUUUCAAAUAAUCAUGUUAAGCAAGUCUUAGACAUAAAUGGUAACCCUAUUUCUCCAAGUGAAAAAUACUAUAUUUUGCCAGCAAUUCAUGAGCCCUAUGGUGGAGGAGUAAGAUUAGGAAAAAUACAUGAGUCAGAGUGUGAAGUUUCCAUCUUUCAAGAUUCCAAUAAACUUAUCAAUGGUUUACCAGUGAAAUUCAACGUAUCAGGACUAAACCCUGAUAUAAUUUUCACCGGUACCCCGAUUGAGAUUGAGUUCACAGAAAGGCCUAAUUGUGCGGAAUCUCCAAAAUGGUUGAUAUAUGUUGAUGAUAUUAUUCUAAAGGCUUGUGUUGGUAUCGGUGGUCCGGAAAAUUAUCCUAGUUUCAAAACAUGGAGUGGCACGUUUAAUAUUAAGAAACAUGAAUCUGGAUUUGGUUACAAGCUAGGAUUUUGUAAGAAAGAUUCUUCUUCUUGUCUAGAUAUUGGGAGGUAUAACAAUAAUGAGGAUCAAGAUGGAUCACGUUUGAUUUUGACUCAUCAAGUGGCUUAUGCGGUUGUGUUUGUUGAUGCUGAUCUUUAUGAAGCUGGAAUUGUUAAGUCGGUCGCUUGAUGUUUGGUUGUUAAUCUAAACUAUUAAUAUAGUCUUAGUUCUAAAAUUAUUUAAUCCAUGUGUCCUUUAUGUCGAGUCGGUUUCUCAUCUAAUUGUUGGUGUGACCAAAUUAGGACGAUCUGGUAUAGGAUUUUUAGUUAGUGAUAAUUAGUCUUUUCUAAAGAUUCAAGUCUUCUCCUAGUGAGUUUUCUUUUACUGAUCGUAGUAGGGUGAAGUCUAGAAUUUUUUUUUGUGGCUUGAUAAUUUAAACGAUCUAGAAUAAGAUUGUGUUUUCAGGUUCUACAACAAAUAUGAAAGAAGUGGCGGAGAAAAUUAGUUUUUUUAGUUUGGAAAUAGUUAUUAGGCUGAUCUAAGAAAACUCUUCCACUUUUAUGGAUUGACUUCAAAUCUUAUCCUUUGAAUUAAUGAAUAAUGAAUAGCAGAUCAAGAUUUCGGCCAGAUCGAAAACAUGUUCUUUACUUUUUUCUUGGUGGUUUUUGAUCUAGGAUUGGUGAUCCAACGGACUUGAGCUCAUCUCUAAUUUGAUCCUCCUUUAAUGUGCCGUUUUUUAUAAAAACGUUUUAUUGUUGUCGCAUGUUUGAUAUGUAAUUUUACAGCUUUCAGAUUUUUUUUUGUUUUCUCUUAAUAUAACUUUUGAUACUUC